GUGUCAUAAAAGCACAUAUUAGCUUUCCCCAUUAAUAAAUUGUUUCAGUUUUGUAAAUAAAAAGUGAUAUAAUAAACUAUAAAUGUAUCUCCUUAAACAGUACUACAAUGUUGUUUCCCAAACAUUUUGCUAUCUUCUUUCUCUUCCUCUCUCUCAUUGCUGCAGCAGACACCACUUCCUGGAUCAAAGCAGGUUAUCACUAUUCCGGCAAUGAAAAUUCAGCUUCAACAAUAAAAUCAAUACUUUUCACACACCUCUUAUGUGCUUUUGCUUUUAUAAACUCCACAAAUUACAACAUCUUCAUAAACUCUUCUGAGCAACACAAAUUCUCCACUUUCACCAACACAGUAAAGCUUCAAAAUCCAUCUGUUACAACUCUUCUAUCAAUCUACAAUGGAAGAGAAAACUCUUCACUUUUUGACUCAAUGCUAAACCAAUCUUCUUAUAGAAAAUCUUUCAUUGAUUCUUCCAUUAAUACAGCAAGAAAAUAUGAAUUUCAAGGCAUAGACCUUUGUGGUGUCUUACCAAAACAAGGUAAAGAACUUGAAAAUUUGGCAACCCUUUUGAAGGAAUUGCGAAUCGCGGUAACUUAUGAUGCAAGAAAGACUAAAAAGCCAGAGUUAGUUUUAGUGAUGGCAGGUUAUUAUAUCAAAGCUUCAGAUUCCUUUAAUUACCCUUUUGAAUCAAUGCAAAAGAAUUUAGAUUGGGUUCAUUUUGUUGCAUAUGAUUAUUAUCUUCCUACAAGGGACAGUGUCACAGGUUUUCAUGCAGCUUUGUAUGGUUUAUCUGGUUGGGAUAAUACUGAUUCUGGUAUCAAAGAGUGGAGAAAAAGAGGGUUUUCUUCUAACAAACUUGUUAUUGGUUUGCCUUAUCAUGGAUAUGCAUGGACCCUUGCGAAACGAGGUGAAGGUGGUGUUGGAAAACCAGCUUCUGAUCCUGCUGUUACAAUGGAUGGUGCAAUGGGUUAUAAGUUGAUAAAAAGUUAUAUUAGAAGCUUUGGUGAUGGAGUAGUUGCAUGUUAUAAUGAUACUUUUGUGGUGAAUCAUUUCACAGUUGCAUCCACUGAGUGGAUUAAUUUUGAUGAUGUGGAAGCUAUUAAAGAAAAAGUUUCUUAUGCAAAGAAAAAUGGAUUACUUGGUUACAAUGUUUUCCAAGUUGGGAAUGAUGACAAUUGGGUCCUUUCCGAGGCAGCUCACGAAGUAUAUGAAGAUCAUCAUAACAGAAGGUUGCUUAUAGUUGUUCUGCUUACUACUUUGACUACUGCACUUCUCUUAGGAAUACUAGUAUUUUUCUACUACCACCAAGGAACAGUGAGCACUAUUACAAGAAUGAUAUACAAACUGAGGAUAUAUUUAUCAGCAGCUGAAGAAGAUCUCAAUGGAAGUGGUUCUGAUUUAAUAGUAUUUAGUUAUCUCGCAAUUAAAGUAGCAACAGAUAACUUCUCAGAAGAAAAUAAGUUAGGAGAGGGUGGAUUUGGUGCUGUGUACAAGGGAAAAUUACGGAAAGGACAGGAAAUAGCUGUCAAAAGACUGUCAGAAACCUCAAAUCAAGGACUUGAAGAGUUCAAAAAUGAGAUCGCGCUUACAGCAAGACUACAACAUGUGAAUUUAGUUAGACUUUUGGGUUACUGCACAAAAAAGAAUGAGAAGCUUCUCAUCUAUGAAUAUCUCCCAAAUAAAAGCUUAGAUCAUUUUCUCCUAGAUCCAAGCAAAUCAAUUCUUCUAGAUUGGAAGAAGCGUGUGAAUAUCAUCGAAGGGAUUACUCAAGGCCUUCUUUAUCUCCAAGAGUACUCAAAUUUCAUUAUAAUCCACCGCGAUCUUAAAGCUAGUAAUGUUUUAUUAGACCAUGAGAUGAAUCCUAAGAUAUCAGAUUUUGGUAUGGCUAGACUCUUCGGAAGAUAUGAACUUGAAGCAAACACAAGCAGGAUCGUGGGAACAUAUGGGUACGUCCCCCCUGAGUAUGUCAGAAAAGGCAUAUACUCACCCAAGUACGACGUUUAUAGUUUUGGAGUCCUUCUCUUGCAAAUCAUAAGUGGAAAGAGAACUUCACGAUAUUACGGCCUACAUGAAAAUAUGAAUCUUUUAGAAUACGCAUAUGUGCUGUGGAUGGAAGGAAGAGGUGUGGAGUUUUUUGGCCCUUCAUUGGAUGAUUCAAUAUCACAUUGUAAAAUCAUGAGAUGCAUGCAGGUAGCUCUUUUGUGCGUUCAAGAAAACUCAGUAGAUAGACCUUCCAUGUUAGAAAUUGAUUCACUGCUCAAGAAUGAAAGUGCAGAUGUUGGUUCACCCAAAGUACCCGCGUUUUCGAUGAAAAAACAUGACAAUGAUAAGGGAGAUACAACUAACUCCGAGUUCGAAUUUCGUUCAAUCAAUGAUGUUACAAUUUCUCAGAUGGUACCAAGAUAAUAAUGGUGUGGAGCAGGACAUUCUAAUGUUUAGUGUGAUAUCUGGUUUAGGCUUUUUGGAGCAAGAAAAUUUUGAGAAACUUAAGUAAAUUUUACAUUGAGCUUGAAAUGUAUGUAUCUUAAGAAAAGUCUUUUGCUUAAUAAAAGGAGCUUUAUUCAAUAUGCAUAAGUAAAAUAGU